GACACACGAUCUUACGAGCAGCACUUGAAGGCAGCACAGAGCAGGAGAAGGGAGUGAGUGGAGGGACCUGAGUGUGAGAUCUGGGAGCCAUGGCGGGCGGAGGGCUGUCGGACGAGGCCGUGUCUGAUGCCUGCAAAGAGGGAGCUCCCAUCACCAAGGACUACAUGAUGCAACAGACGAUGCUGAGGGUCAAAGAUCCGGCAAGAUCUCUGGACUUCUACACUCGAAUCCUGGGCAUGACGUUGUUGCAGAAAAUCGACUUCCCUUCGAUGCGUUUCACCCUCUACUUCCUGGGUUACGAGGACAAGACGGACAUCCCAGCCGACGUCAAAGAGAGGACGGCGUGGACUUUCUCUCGCCGAGCCACCAUAGAGCUCACACAUAACUGGGGCUCAGAGUCAGAUGAAAAUCUGUCGUAUCACAACGGAAACAACCAACCACAAGGAUUUGGUCAUAUUGGCAUUGCUGUUCCUGAUAUUAACGCUGCCUGCAAAUUAUUUGAGGAGCGAGGAGCGACGUUCGUCAAGAAACCAAACUCAGGUAAAAUGAAGGACCUGGCCUUCAUUCAGGACCCUGACGGCUACUGGAUUGAGAUUUUAAGUCCGAGCAAGAUGUUCUCCAUCAUGUCACCUUUAGGAGGAGACUCAGUGUCAGACACAUGAUAUCCACAGUAUCCUGCUUCUGUGUUAUGUUGCUCAGUGACUCAUCAGGGCUCACAGACUGAAGACCUGUGCACAGGCUGCUUCUGUUCUAUAAAAAACUAAAGAUGAGAAAGAAA